AUGCCUUCGACAAUCACACGGGGAUAUCACACAGACACGGGCCCCUCCCUCGCGAUACGCCUUCCCGGCCACCUCGAUCGCGCCCAGCCGUCGCUGCCCUUUCUCCGCUGCGCCCAGCAAUUGAGUGACAUGAGAACGCCGAGUGUGACGUAGCAAAAGCUAGAUUUGGUUGAAAUGACUACUAAAAUGGAGGCUAAAAGGGAGAAAGAAGUCUUUCUGCCAACAAUAGGUACCGAGAGGUUUCGAAGGUUGCGGAGGCAUUAUUACCCACCUUUCAGCAGCCAAAAUUC